GCCUCAUUUCUCAGUCUCCCAACGGGACCUCUAGCUUAAGGUUGGUUGAUUGGAGGGUUAUAGCCCAAUGGAAGUUGGGCUUGAUAUUGGGACGGCUCGCCAGUUAGUUGCCUUUGCCUGUUUUGUUGGUUCAGAUGGCAAGAACAUCGGUGAGCGGAAGCGUAUGCCGGUUCUCUCGCACUGAGCUGACGAAGCAGUCUCGUGUCGUAAAGGGGGAUGCAUGAAAUGUUCUCGGUGGAGAUUAGGUCUGCAACUCAAUUUCGCAACUCCAGUGCUUUCCACGACGCAAUCUCAUGAUGUAGUGCGCACUCUUCCCUAGGACUCCUACCGUCUCUUCCGAUGCAAGCAUUGAGGCUAUCACUGCUCAUCCGGGGCUUUCGGUUCUGCUUUCCACAACACCUUCGUGCCGGUAUGGUUCAAUCAAAACCUAUGCUGGAUCUUCCCCGUGGCUGGACAUCACAUGCGCCGAUGCAACUGUUGCAUCGGCAGUAUUCUCAAGAGAAGCCAGUCACAGCGGACGGCCGAUGGCACCGUACACGCUGGUGUUGGCUUCGCCUGGGGAGCCUCGGUCAUAGUAUCAACUCCGAAGCGCUCGCGUUCGGAUCCUGCUCCAAUCGCCUCGUCCGUAGUCCGAGAGGUCGCUUCCAGACUGUUGGUCGCAGAGCCCAAAUCGCUGGGUGCUGGAGUUCGGGCGAACAGGCUGUUGCCCUUCGUGUGUCACACCAUGCUGUCAAAUGCCGGGACAGCAGGCGUGAUUCCACAUGCCCGGCGCUCCCCCACUCAGCAUACAUGGUGCAUUUGGACAUGCCACGCGCAAGCAAGCGGCACCUCAUCUUGCGCUUCCGAGCAUCCAGGCUUCCCAUAGUUGUUGUUUGAUGUAGCUGGCCCAACUCGCACAAAUAGGGGGUAUGGUUUCGUUUCUCGGUACAGUCGUUGCGAUGCCUCCGCAGGAUUUUGUCAGAUCACUCCGUCUCUGGCCAGGGAUGCGAUGCUGGGAGUUGUAAAGCCCAACGCCACCGCACAACCAUUGCUGCACAGGUAGGUCUU